GAAAAUUAAAUCAUAAUCAGUUAACAAGAUAUUGAGGUUAAGCUAAUCUGUAUUAGUCAAAGUAAAUUGAUUGUGUACAAUGGUUAAUUUAUCAAUAGCUGACAAUGAUAAUUCACUCGAUAGUGGAUCAAUUAAUCACCUUUAUAACAAUACAACAAUUAAUAGUAUUUUUGGACCAUCAUUAAUUUGGAUUAUAUUAAUUCAAUGGAUUGUAACAUUACCUUUAAUUGAUUCUUGUGAAAAAUUCAAGUUAAUCACUUCAAUCAUUUUCUCAACGUGUUUAAUUAUCAUUCGUUUGGUGUCUUCAUCAUUAAACAUUAAUCAGUUAAAUUGUCACAUUGAAAAUUGUGCUGAUAAUCAAUCUAAUCAAUUUAGUUUGAUUGUUGAUUAUUUUGUUUCCAUUUUUACAAAGGUAAUCUUUACAACCCUUUGGUCAAUCUUGUGGAUGCGAUGGACAUUACCUUGUAAUUAUUUCACCUUUAAUCGUCAAACAUAUAAUCGUCAACAAUUGUUACCAAUUUGUUUAAUUGUUUGUCUAUUUUCUUGUUUAUUAUCCAACAAUUUGAUUACACAUUUCAAUUCAUUCUUAAUAUUCAUGAUAACUUUUCUUUGGCUUGGAACUGGUAGUUAUUUUAUUGGAAGAUUACAAACUAAUCCUGGUUUACUUUUGUUCCCUGUCAUUGGAUUAACUGGAUUAGAGAUUUCGAAAGCUUUCAUUUCAAGUUUUUCUUAUGGAAAAACAAUUGAAAUCCUAAUCGAAACUGUUCUAAUCUCGUUAGCAACUUUACUCUUAUCCUGUGGCUUAGAUAAGUCUCGAUGUAUUCAAGAUCUUUUUCCUAUUGAAUUUCCAGUUUACUGUUCGUUGGCGCGGAAAAACUUGUUCCCAUUUAUAAGACAAACUUUUAAUGCCUUCGUUAGAAAAGAGAUCGACUUAGAUCAAACCGUUUUCGACGAUUUCAAUGUUUGUCUCAAGAUAUUGAAACACCAUUGCGAGACUCUCACAGUCUCAUUGCCCUUUUAUACUUCAAGUGCAAGAGUUGAUGUUACAAUCGCUUAUGCUUUUAUUAGAGUAUCAGAUGAUCUAGUGGACGAUGGUCAACUCAAUAUGAAACAACGAUUGGUUAACCAUAAGAUUAUACUUAAAUUUAUGGAUCAACUUUUCUCAUCUCGAAAUGAAAAAUGGACAUACGAUGUUGGUCAGCCAAUCGAUUCAGCAAAUAAGCCUCCAGUUAAUUGGGAAUAUUAUAAAUCUAACCUUCCCUUGGAAGCAUAUCAAGUACUUAAAGCUUAUGCUCGGACAGUUUAUUAUCAACCAAGUGGACCAAUGAAAGAUUUGGUAUCAACUUAUAGUUGGGAUUUAGAGGAGAAACAUAUUGCCAAUGAGAAAGAGUUAAUUGAAUUUGCUCGUUGUGCCGGAGGCGGAAUCAUGGCAGCAUUUCACUGUAUCCAAUUAUAUAAGAGUGGAUUAUAUCCAAAUGGUAUCUCACCUUUAGAGAGGCCAUUUAUUGAUACUUUCUAUGCGAUUGGUCAAGCAAUGCAAUUGGUUAAUAUUGCUCGUGAUAUUGUCCAUGAUAGUACAACCGAUGGAAGAUGUUAUAUACCUGCAAUGUUCAUGGAAAAUUCUGAAAAAGAAAUUGACCUGUUAACGAAUAAGAAAACACCCUGGGCCUUGGGUGUGGAAACUUUGAGUAAAUAUUCAAAGUUAAUUGUAGCUCUUUCUUAUUAUUGCUGCUCUAAAGUACCGCAAACAUUGAAUUCGAUGCCUGGUGAGGUUCGAAAACCUUUAAUGAUAUUCAGUGAAAUUUAUCGAACUAUUGGUUCACAGAUAUUGAAACAUGAAGGUUUCGAAAAACGUAUUUUCGUACCACUUUACAAGAAGAUUUGGAUCGCAUUGAGUUACCUUUAUUUCAAUAGAAAACACAUCUAAAUACAAUUUACUCUUUUUCGAUUUUGUAUCAAAAUCUUUUCUCUUCUUCUUAAUUGUAAUUAAAAAUUAAAAUUCUAUCGUUAUUAUGUACAUAUCAAUAAACUUUAUAUUAAUCUAAACUCUCAA